AUGCGGAUCUCCAUCCGAGAGCAACUCGGACUGCUUGUCCUUUUCUGUUCUCUUGCUUCUCUGAUGGUGCUUGCACUUGCCAUGUGGUUUCAAAACUAUAAUUUCAUCAUAAGCAUAAGACUGUCCGGGCUCUCGUUGACAGCCUCGCUCAAGGCGGCACAAUUGGCCAACACACUGCUUCUGUAUACCUCGCAGGUUGAAUCGGUCUCUACCCGGGUCCUGGUACAGAGUGCUCUGAGCAGGUACAAUGCAGGCAACAAGACCGACGAUAACUGGGUUCGAUCACAGAGCGAUCUCGAGGGGGCGUUGGCUAGUGGCUCACUCCUGGUGCAAGCGGCAAUGUUUCCCAACGCCUUGAAUGGAAACGAGACUGCCGCGAACGGACUGCUGAACGUUACUGCAGUCAAUCUGGCGGGAACGGUGAAACUGCCAUAUGCCUACCCCAAUGGCUCGGCAGUUUACCUUGGGGAUCCCGGGUUGGGAUACCCGCCUUCCCUCUAUCCAAACCUUACCUAUGGUCCUACGGUACCCGGGACCAAUUACUCGGUUGUGUCUUACAACGGCCGCACGGUCGAGCCCGGCAAGCCGCUGUUCCUGGGACCUUUGAUCGUAAACGAGUCGUAUUCUCUAUUGUCGGUCACCGUGCCAAUGAUCAACAAUACCUCGCGCUCUGAUAUCCUUGGUUGGCUGACGAUACUAGUCAACAUGGACAUGAUUUACACCAUACAGAACUCUCCGGAAGGGUUAGGCGAUUCCGGGGAAACUCUCCUCAUCGGUGCCGCCACUGCUGACAACGUCUUCAAUCGAGAAAUCAGGGGUGCCACGCCGACUGACGCUGAACCGCAACUUGUUCGAUUUGUUCUCCCGCCGCACAGCAAUUCCACACUUCAAGGGCGCCAUAAAGCUCGGAGCACGAUCGCCAAUUCCACCCUCCCAUUCACUAUAGCGUCCUAUCCCGCCGUGCUGGCAGCCUGGACAAAACACAACCAUGCCAUCAAUAACGCUGGUGCCUUUAUCUCUACGCAUAACGAGGACGGCACUCAAGUUUCUGCCGGAUACGCCGUCGUAUCUACCAGCUUUGUCGAUUGGGUUUUGGUGGUGGAGGAGUCGCACAAGGAGGUCAUUGCCCCCAUCAAUCACCUGCGCGAUGUCGUCCUCAUCUGCGUUUUCUCCGUGAUGGGCCUUCUUCUCGUCGUCAUGUUGCCCAUAGCCCAUUACUCUGUCACACCAAUUCGGCAAUUGCGCGCUGCGACCGCGAAAACGGUGGAACCUUAUCAACAUGAUGAUACGAGCGAAUAUUCCAGUUCCAUGGGAAAUCGCGCCCUGCAGGAAGGAGAGGGUACCCCCGACCAAAUCGACCACGCAGAGGCUCAGAAAGAAGGAUUCUUCAGUAUACUGCCUAAAAUCACCAGAUCCAUACAACUCGAGCGCUCCACGACCCCGAGAAACGCGCGUCGGAGAACUUUCCGAAUACCUCGCAAAGUUCCAGAACGCCGGCACUGCAUUACCGACGAAUUGACCGAGUUGACGCGAACUUUCAAUGAAAUGUCCGAUGAGUUGGCUAUGCAAUAUGAGCGUCUCGAAGAGCGAGUCAAGGAGCGAACAGCAGAACUCGAGACAAGCAAAAAGGCCGCAGAAUCAGCAAACCAGAGCAAGACACUCUUCAUCGCUAAUAUAUCACACGAGCUCAAAACCCCGCUAAACGGCAUCCUUGGCCUGACCACGGUUUGCAUGAAUGAGAAUGAUCUUGGAAGGAUUCGCUCCACGCUGAGUACAAUUUACAAAUCUGGUGAUUUGCUCCUCCACCUGCUCACCGAUCUACUCACGUUCAGCAAAAACGAAGUCGGACAGCAGUUGUCCAUCGAUGAGGCUGAAUUCAGGUUGAGUGAUCUGAGCGCGCAACUACUGCCGACUUUCGAGAAACAGGCCCGGGAGGCACAGGUUGAUCUCAAGGUUGUAUUCCUGGGAUCAAGUGAUGCCUUCGGGGACAGUUCUGAGAAUGCCGGCGAGAAAUUGUACGGACCUGUUGGUACAGGACGAGUCAGAGACAUGUGCUUGUGGGGGGAUAAGAAUCGUAUUCUGCAGGUCUUGAUGAAUUUCGUGAGCAACAGUCUCAAAUUUACACCCGCCCACGGCUCAGUUACAGUGUCCGUUCGCUGCACUGGCCUGCAGGAGCACUACCACAGCAGGGCUGGCAGUACACGGAAAUCAUCGUUGACAUCCCGGAAAUCAAAUAACAAGAGAGUACGAAUGUCGGACGGCUCUCUCAACCUGCCUGACACUGCGGACCACGACAAGACUCGAUCCAACUCUCCCCAUGAAGACUCAAAGCUUAGCAUCCAUGUCGCUGGCGGCACCACACACAUUCACAAAGUCGCGGAGCGACAAAGGUCGAUGUCACCGCCCCCGAUGAACACGAAGGACCUGAUAUUUGAGUUUGAGGUUGAAGACACAGGCCCUGGAAUCCCACCUGAGCAGCAAAAGAUGAUCUUCGAACCAUUUGUACAAGGUGAUCUUGGACUAAGCAAGAAGUACGGCGGCACUGGACUGGGGUUGAGCAUAUGCGCGCAGCUGGCAGCUCUGAUGGGCGGCGACAUCUCCCUGGACAGCAAAGUCGGAGUAGGCAGCAAGUUUGCAAUGCGGAUCCCUCUCCGUUACGUGUGCGAACGCAGCCCGUCAACGUCAUCCUCGACGCAUAGGCCACAAUCCAAAUCCAGCAGCUUUGUGGGCCAAACACUGCAUGACACUGUCGAUCAAACUCCCUUGAACCAUACCGGCUCAACGGCAUCCUUGGGGUCACGAGACGACGCAGCUGAGGAGUCCAAACUCGCUGAUGUACCGAGGAUAGUAGGCUUCACCCAACCGUACGUGGCGAAGGAGACCAAGAAAAGCGACACUUCCGAGGCAAAGCUGGAUGAAAUGAAGAAAGUGGAGAGCGAGGCCGCACGGAAAGGCAGAAAAGUUCGCGUCCUCGUAGCUGAAGACAAUAAAGUCAAUCAGGAAGUUGUCCUCCGUAUGCUGCGGUUGGAGGAUGUCUAUGAUGUAACUAUUGCGAAAGAUGGUCAAGAGGCAUUCGAGAAAGUCCGCGAGUCGAUGGUGAGCGGCGAACGAUUCGAUCUUGUCUUUAUGGACGUUCAGAUGCCGAACCUGGACGGCAUUCAGUCGACCCGACUCAUCCGAGAGAUGGGGUUCUCUGCACCCAUAGUGGCCCUCACUGCAUUCGCUGAGAAAUCCAACGAGGACGAAUGCAUGGCUUCCGGUAUGGAUUACUUCCUGGCCAAACCGAUCAGGAGGCCGGCUCUCAAACAAGUCUUGAAGAAAUACUGCGCAACUAUCCCUGAAGAGGAGAAUGAAGGUGGCGUAACUGCUCCAACUCGACAUCAAGAUAGCUCGUCAGCACACCAGGCAAACGGCCACGCCCCUCCUUCGAUGCAGCAAGGCAAACCUUCUAAUAUAGUGGUACCUGACUCGGACGAUGUUUCACCUUUGUCCUGA